AGACGAUCACGAAUAUGACGACGGAGAGUUCUUCAGCUAAGAGAUGGCUUCCUCUUGAAGCGAACCCAGAGGUUAUGAAUCAGUUUCUUUGGGGUCUUGGUCUCGCACCAGAUGCAGCUGAGUGUAAUGAUGUGUUUGGAUUAGAUGACGAACUUCUCGAGAUGGUUCCAAAGCCUGUUCUUGCGGUUCUCUUCCUUUACCCCAUCACCAAAAAGAGUGAAGAAGAGAGGAUUGAGCAGGACAAGGAACUCAUGGAGAAGGUGCAUAGUGAUAAGGUUUAUUUCAUGAAACAAACCGUGGGUAAUGCUUGUGGAACCAUUGGACUUCUCCAUGCUAUUGGGAACAUUACUUCUGAAAUAAAGCUUUGUAAGUUUGUUAAUGUGUAUAUCUUUAAAUAUAAAUUCUUAAAGAUUAUCAACACUUUCUUGUUACUUUUUUUUAUAGCUGAGGGAUCUUUCUUGGAUAAUUUCUUCAAAUCCACUGCCAACAUGACUCCUAUGGAGCGUGCAAAGUUUCUUGAGAAUGACAGUCAAAUUGAAGAUGCUCAUUCUGUAGCAGUUACAGCUGGUGAAACACCGGCUACAGACGACGCAGACACGCAUUUCAUCUGUUUAGCUUGUGUUGAUGGUAAGAAACUCUCACUUCAACAAAUAAUCAGAAUACUGAUAUCAUCAAACUCUUCUCCAUAUUGGUAUUUGCUUAUUAUGCAGGUGAGCUCUAUGAACUUGACGGAAGGAAAGCAGGACCGAUUUCACAUGGAGCUUCCUCUCCGGCUACCCUCUUGAAGGAUUCGACAAAAGUGAUGAAGAAGUUUAUUGAGAAGAAUCCGGACACGCUCAACUUCAAUGUGAUAGCCAUCUCUAAGAGAACCUGAUGUUUUUCUUCUAGAAGCAAAGACCAGUAGUCUUGUUUAGAGUUUAUGACUUAAUUAUCCACGCUGAUUUUAUAUCUAGGUGGAUUAUGUUUUACUGCAUUCUGAAUCUUCUUUUUUUUUUUGGUUUCUGAAAAAUCUUAUAGAGUUUAUGAUCAUGGUUUUAAGAGUGCAUUGCUUGCCUUACCG